AUGGCGAUGACGACGCCCUACGGCGUGCCCAGCGCUGUGCCGUACGUCUUACCAGUAUCGCGCCAUCGCCUCUGGGUGAAUCCCCUUCUAAACAUCUCCAUCCGUCUCCUUUUGCAGCAGCAACUUCCUCUGCUCUGGGUUCUGCUGGCAGCGCUGCCAGCGACUAGAGCAGCGUUGACGCCGCCAAACGGCUAUGACGAUGACAAUACGCCGCUUCAACUAAGUCUCGAGGAUCUGGAGCGGGAACAGGAGCAACAUUUCGACCUCAACCGUCCGCCGUUGCUGCCCACACAUUACGAGUGGCAUCCAAGCAUAGCCGCCAGCGUGCCGCCUAGCUACGUGCACGAUGCCGCCCAGCUGGAGCAAGCGGAGCGUUUACGCCAACUGCACCAGCAGCAUCAGCAGCUGAGCGCUGGCUACGCGUUGCCCGGCCAGCUGCCGGAUGGCCUACUGCUUUUACACGAUGGCAAUCUCUCACCCACGCCGUCAUCGACUCCCACAACAGCAACAACGCAAACGCGAACACGACUGCUUCAACCCAUUGUGCCCUUUGAUCUGGACUUGCAGCUGCAACUGAAUGGCGUGCAAUAUUUGAGUGGUAACGCGCUGUCUGGUGGUGCAGCUCAGCUGCCACGCCCCAUACCCAGACCUGUAGUACGCCCACUACGACCACCCUACGCCUUUCUGCAGCAGCAGCCGCCAUCGCUGCGACCCGGUCUCAGUCCGCAUCCCAGUCCAGCGACACUGCCUCUUCUGCUGCAGCAGUCCAAGCAGUUUGCCUAUGCGCCGAUGCCACAACGCAACUAUGCGCCCGCUUCCCGCAUACCACUGCCCUAUCCGCCCAGCUUUGUCAGCAUUACGACAAGAAGUCCAGCGUCCGGACGCUCCGCCAGUCAUUCGAAGCCCUUCCGGCCCUCGCAACCGGACCUGACGCCGGAUCUGUUCGCCGGACGUGACUCAAAAUCGCUUCUGGACUCGUAUAUACCCAGCUGGGAGGUGCUGCGACUGUACCAGCAACAGCAGUCGUCCCGUCCUUUCCAGCGCCACACCUUGGCCUAUGCUGUGCCCAGUCUGAGAGUCUUUAAGCGCGACUCCAAGCUGGAAAGAUCGUCCGAACGCAGCAGGAUCGUCAAGAAGUCCCUGGACAAGCAGCUGAAGCUUCGUUAG